ACGAGGACAGUUAGUUGGUGUUUUCCACACGGUUCCCGAGCGCGCGUCAUGGCCAAAGCGGCCUCCCAGGGUGGUCCAACUUGCCCCCUCAGCAUCAUCAUCAGCAUCAGCAAGAAUAACAACAGCAACAACAACUGCAACAAAAACAACAUUACCGAGUGCAGCAACAAUGUUUAAGAGGAAUUUCCCCCUGUAAAGUGUAAUUAUUUUGUGUGAAUAUAACUAGAAGAAGAAAAAAUAUUACAGUGAUUCCAUUGACGACGGUGCUGCACGAGAUUUAGAAGGAAACCAGCAACGGAUCAGAGUGAAUCAGUCACGACGAACGGCAUUGAAACGGGUUAAGAAAAAGCCACUGCUGACUCAGGUGAAAGAGUAACUCUGUAAUCAGACGCGACUCAGACUCCAGAAGCCUCGGAUUAUAAGAUCUAGACUGUUUGUCGUGUCUAGGAUCUCGUUGUUGUUUCUACUUGAGUGCUGGGGAAUUGAGUGUUGAAUUUUUGCUGGUUCUACCGACGGAAGUUUAAGCCAAGUAGCUUCGGUGUUUCGAGUGUGUUGUUCGAUGAAGCGAACAAGUGCGAACCGGAAAUAAAUUGUGCUACUGCUUCAGUCUACAUUCAGGCUGAUCGAGUAUCGUAGUUUGCUUCCGUUAAGUCUGCUGAAAGAUAAGUGCCCCGGUAACUUGGCCAACAACCUUUAGGAAAAGGGUCUCUAAAAUCAAAGGUGUUCCCCCAAAGUGUACCUUGCGAUAUUAGUGGCAAAUAGUCCCCUGUUGGAAAACUGUGGAAAGCUUUUCGAAGUAAGAUUUUCACUUGCUGCAAGUUUCCCACACCGAGUCAGUGUAUAUAUAUACAGGCGUACAAGCAAACACAUAACCGAGUGCCAGGAAAAAGAGGAAUCUAUUUUUAUACCCUCCUCAGUGAGACAAACAAGCAUUCGAGCUAGAGUGUGAGCGUGAGCACACAAGCAGCAGCAAUCGGAAAAAAAGAAGCGAAGCAAACGAAAAUAAAAAGUGACAAAGGAAGAAACCAGCCGGAAAAUAAAAGAAAAGAAAAAAAACAGGUAAAUUCGAAAAGUGAAGCACCGGACCGAGGAGUUCUGGCUGCCGAAGUGAACCGUGUCAAACGACGAGUCACAACAAAAGUCAAAAAGCUCGAGCGGUGAUCGUUGCUUAGUGUUUGCCCCGUGGCUCGUGUCGAUAGUGUCUCGGAUUUAAAGUUUUCCCUUUGACGGGAAAUCGAUUCGGAAAAAAUAAUAACGAGGAAAAAACAACCUAGAACGAUUCGGGACUGACUACGGAACAGGACUAUCAACCAGACAAAAAAAGAACUCGGAGAAACGGAAGGAUAAUACACCGUUUCAUAAUCGAUAUCGAAGAAGGACUACCCCGGCAGCAAAGGAACACAAGUAUCUAUCUAGCCUCGUAUAAUAAAAACAUGAGCGGCAUUCGCUAAAAAUAGCUCGAACCUCGCGCUCCUCCAAAUUGGUGGUGGGUGGUAAUUAUAGGUGUGUUUUUGCCGCGAGGAAAACCGACGGCGGCGUCAGGUGAAAUCGAGGCGUCCCGAAACCCUCCUUCUUUCCGCGUUCUGUCCAAAAGAAUCGGUGGUGAAAAAGAAUAAAAUCCUGUAAGCCUGUGCUGUGUUUAAGAUUUCUUGUGUCCGGACCUUCCGGAACAACAACAACAACAAUCAAACCAAAAGCAAAAGAGCAGGGGCUAAGCGUUUUGAUGCGUGUCCUAACGUGCCGACGGCAAUCCUGAAGCGAAAUUCUCCCGGCCUAACGCGGUUUUCAGGAUUUGAACCUGUUGAUUAUUAACUUGUUACGUGUUCGUGCGUUCGAGCGAACGAGCAAAGUGAGUGUGUGUAUUUUUUUCCCCGGAGUUUGCCUACCUUUUGGCGCACCACACGCAAGGUCACCGGCGCAUCCCCGCCGCCACCAGUGUGUGUGAGUCCCUGGUCCAGACCUGCUGGCCCCGAGUCGUUAGAACUCUGUACAUAGCGUUCCACAAGUUUAGGAAAAUGUUCCGCGAAAUCCUGCCGAUCCUGGCGUACAUGAGCGUACUGUCCAGCACCUACUCGCUGCACAUGGCGCGAGAUGCCUACAUUAAGGCGCCUCCACCACCACCUCCCGCCGCUGCUGCCCUGCUAGAAGAACUGGACACCAUGUCCGAGCUGCUCUCGGAAAACAGCAUCCCCGCCGGACCUCCGCCGCCGUCGCCCAUCCAACUCCUGCACCCGAAACCUCACCAUCAACAAAAUCCCCCACCCCCUCCCCAGCAACUACUGCAGCAACUCCAACAGCAGCAGCAACAGCAAAUUCAACAACAGCAAGGGAACCUGCUACCCCACAACCACCAACAGCAGCAACAUCCCCACGGGGUUGUCGUCAUCAAUCAACUAACCAGUAACGAACUGCCCGAACUCAGUCCGCCCCCGGUACGUCACCCGGUAGGGCCACUGAUUCAGCCGCGGGGCCUGCAGGAACUGUUCGGUGUUGUCCAAAACAACUACCAACAACAACACCAACAGCAGCAGCAACAGCCCGGCAGCACCAGCAACAAGCAAACGGACCCGGACAACUCUAGCCAGGAAGAAGACGAUCAACCGCAGCAACAGCAACAGCAGCGAAGUCCCAACAAUAGCAAGCGAUCCUCGCAGCAACACAGUGGGGGAGGUGGCGGAGGCGGGGAUGACGAUGGGGACAGCAGCAGUAGCAACAGCAACGGUGGCGGACUUCCGCCUUCGACGAUUCCGCACGGCAUGGCCAGCCAACUGAUGCUGCGCAGUGCCCGAGGCCAGCGGCAGUAUGACGUUCCGCAGAUCGAAUGUCCACCCGCGAUGGAUGGGAUGGAACGAUUCGCCUGCCCAACGCCGGAUAGGCAAGGCCGGUAUCGAUGUAUAGACGAUCACGUGCUCUGCGAUGGGUUUAUCGACUGCCCGGAAGGAGAGGACGAGGACCGGCAAGCGUGUAUGUUUUACAAAACGACGAAAGCACAUCUGGAUGUGUUAGCGGACGCCUUACUAAGAUGGGCCCGAGGGCGUUAAGCGUCGAAACCCUAGGCGAUAAACUUGUGUACAGUGAACAUAGCUCAGACAGAAAUCCUUAAUCAACCAAAAAAAAAACAAAUCAACAAAAAAAUGGACAAAGAAACACGAACCAACAAGCAAGAAAACAAAUUAUAAAAAAAAAACCUUAAAACAAUGACGAAUCGGAGAAAGCGCGCGCGAAGAAAGUAAAAGUCAAUCAUCAAAAUCUAAAGAAAAAAAUACUACUGGAUUGGGGUUAAAAACAACCCAUCUGGAGAACAAACAAGACUUGGAGCACUCGAAGACGAUCUCGGUGAAGGAAGAGAGAUGUGGAGGGAAAACGAAGACAAAACCAAAACACAGACAUAGUCACACGUAUACUGGAGAAUGCAUUCCUCGGAAUGCCAUCGAAAGACAUAACCCACAAACCGACUACCUACAAGCAAAAAACACGGAACAUCUCCCGCCAAGUGCCGACUCCCUUGGCUGAUGGCUGGAGGAUGCAGCUAAUUUGGGAACAUACUCCUGAACGGCUCUACCCCAAGGCAGGAAGCGGCAAACGGGAGUCAGACAGUGAAGAGAGAGAACAAAAAGAAAACAAUGGGCAGCUAUUCAUAACCGAAGGAGACUGGAGGCUUGCUGGAGAAACCAAACGGGAGCGAGGAAGAGCAGAAAUUACUCGGCUGUACAUAGUUGAACGAGACGAAGCAAUGAAGGCAAAUUCACUUAAAGAUAAAAACAACCAAAGUAUAUAGAUAUACAUAUAUAUUUAUUAAGAUGAAACUCGCACUGAGGCACAUACACAUGUAAUAAAGUGCAAACCAAACAAAAACAAAAUGGGAAAGAUCUGAGCAUUGAAGAAAACGGAGGCUAAUAGACUGUGUGUAGGUUAUUCUAUAAGGAAAGUUAAGAAACAAUGCAAUCGCCGCAUACAAAAGAUUGCACACGGGAGUUUGCGAGACGGCGAAAAAAAAACGUGGAAACAACUGUGACAGAUAAACGAUACAAACCAACACAACAAUAAAAACAUGAAAACAAUUAACGAGUGGAAAACAAUGCGCUGAAUUCACUGUGUAAGUACUAGUAGAUGUGAGACGCAAAUGUUCACCGGCAGCUCUGUUUAGUGUAUAUUUACAAAAACAAAGAAUUGAGUUCAAAACCCAAUCUCUUUCAAACAAAGUCACAAGAAUACCUAAAACUCAGAUGGCUGAAUCAAGAGGCAAAAAAAACAGCUAGCGGGAGGAAUAGAACGAUAAAACUAAAAAAAACGGCAAAACUCGCCAGGUGACGAAACCCGAAACGAUCAAAACGAUAUUUUUCUUCUUUUUUUUGUCCCCCGGACGAUAAGACGACGGACCAAAGUCCAGUGUUCGAAUCCCGUCGUUGCGAGUGUAAGUGGCAGGAAUGUUUAUCGAUCUAGUAUCUUGGGCCCUUUGCAGGUAUUGAAACAAUAUUUUGAUCGUUUUUCUCAGCCCAAUGGUAUCUUCUUUACCGAAAAAAAAAAACAAAACAAAAGUAUAUUAAACUAAAACAACAACAAACCAACAAAAAUGAUGCACCAUUGUAAAAAUCUACUCUGCACCACAAGAACGAUAACAUUAUUAUGGAAUUAAGUCAAAGACAAAACCAAUUCUUGCAUACAACUAAUUCUCAUGGAAAAGGCAGCUAUAUUGUAUAGAUAAGUCACAAUUUUACCAACCUUAGUGAACUUAAAACCAAAACAGUAAACGAUUAAAAUUUUCACCUACUUAACAAAUAAGCGCACUUUACAAACACACUCUCGAAACAACAGGAACGACAACACAAACACGAGCGCAGUCCAACACUCACACACAUACAAAACAGAAUAAAGAAAAAAAACAGAAACCAAAAGUAAACACACGCACACAUCAACUCUUCGAAAAAAAAGCGAACAAUUCAACUCACUCUGCCAUACUGUAUGUAGAGCUAACGGAACAGCUUCUGAAAAGCAUAACAAACAAUCAUUUGAAAAGAUCAAAAUAUAGCAACUUCAUUCCAACUUGAACAACAACAACAAACACACAGAAAGAAAAAAAAAUACAAAAACACAUGCACGCACUCUAGUGUAAGUCAAGCAGCAACCGCAGCAGUAACAACAAUAAAAAAAAAAAAACAAACUACAAUUACUAAGAGAGGAAAAAAGCGCCAAAGGGUCCCAGUAAAUGCCAAAAAUUACUAACCUAGACAAACACCCUUAAUCGGGGGAAUGAAAAUCGGGACCCUUCGGCUUCGAAAGUCAGUCGUCUGAAGGUAGGAAGUCGUUGUCAACAACAACAACCGAAAAAAAACAAGUACGAGACUUUAGGAUACGAGUAACAAACAAAAAAAAACAAACAAACAAACAAAAGCCCGCGAAGAUCUUAUUUUAGUCAAAGUUUUAGUUGCCGAAAUGUUCCGCCCACCCCGGCUGGCCCCGGGAAAAACUUUGUGUGGUAACUACCAAACGAGAAAAAAGGGGGGUUGGAGCAAUGGUCGUCGCCAUCACAUCUCAUCUAAUCCGCUGGUCCAGGUCCAGAGGGCGGGCGAAACCGGUGCGAGAGGUUAAGGUCGAAUAACUUUUGAUGAAAUACUCACUCAAAUAUGAAAACAUUGACACACACAGUCACACACACUCAAAGAAAGAGGGAAAAAAUUAAACAAAACAAAUGAACAAACAAACAAACACAUGCAUCAUGUAAAUAUGGUCGAAGGAGGCCGGGUUCACAAACACAUACACAGACACAAACAUUCCAAAUACCGUAACAAUAACAAUGAACUAGGGAAAAUCAAUCCUGUUAAAAAUGAUUGACAAUUAACAUGAAAACGGUCCUCAACAUAAUAGAAAGGGGGUCGGUGUGAAGGUUUAGGAAUGGAAAGUUGCCACUUUUAUGAAAGUUAGUUUUUUUUUGUGCGUUUGAUUCGAAUGGUCCUUACAGCACGCCGAUUUUGAAACUGGCUGCCACCAGUAUUGGAAGAUGAUCCUCCCUCUCGUUUAGUUCAUCGCGUGCUUAAGAAGCUGCAAUUGAGCUUAAUCAAAAUUUCCAAAGUGAUUUGAUGAUUUGCGCAUUUUGAUUACUCAACAUAGCGAUGAUGAAUACAGGGGCUUUUUCCACUUCCUUACAGGUUUGCACCGAUGGCCUUAAAAUUUUCUUCAAAAUUACAAGUUUUGAUUAUGACUUAAACCGCAUGAUUUUACAGAUUUUUUUCGUGAAGAAGAUUAAACCACAGAUUAAACUUAAAAAUUUUUGUUCUUUUCGCAUCUUGUUUUAAGGAUCCGCUCAAAGCAAGUCAGUUCUCAGCAAUUACUUUUUCUUAGCCGCGAUUUUGGUUACUUCUACCAAUAACCUCCAAAGGACAACUUACACAAACACAUCAACUGUUGCUCUUUUUUCUUGCGUUCACUAACACAAUUAUCUUUUGCACAAACUUCCCUACGACUAGGGUUGCCAACAUCUUUUUUAAAAUAAAGAGACAUGAGAAAUAAUUAUCAGGUACAUGAUUUUUUGAGAAUUUCAGUCGAAGUAAGGACUUUUUUUUUGGUCAUCAAUCCACAUUUUGAUCAUUUUGACCUUUUGACCACAUUUGGCUCUUAAUGCAAUUCCGUACUACUCAUUUUCCAUCAUAUUCACAAAAUUCAGGGAAAAUCAGGCUGUUUACGACACGCACAUCUAACGGCCGUUUGGUUCCAUUUGAACCGUUUGCGGGUGCACGCUUUUCACAAUUCAGUCAUCUGAUUUAACCCGGAUCGAAAAAUCGAACCAAAAUCGGACGGAAUUUUGUCUGAUCAACCCGUCAACUGGUUAGAAAACAGACCAGAAAACGAACCAAAUUCGGACCAAUUCAGUGCCCUGGUGACAGCUUUCCUGAAGAUCGAUAUGUUUUUGCCAGUGAGCUGUCAAAACAACCGGGUUGUUUCCAGCCCAAAAUCGGUCAGAUCUCCUACCAAAUUUGGACAGUUUUCCUACCAAAACCGGGCAGUUUUCAGACCAAAUUCGGUCUGUUUUUCCCGGCCAAUUUCUAGACGAUCCCCAUAGAGAUUUCAUAAGUGUCUGGUAAAGAGACUACGUACAAAGAGGAGCCGUCUGAUCCCUUCCAAAAUAAUAAGCUUGCAACCCUGUUGUAGGGCUGCCUUUAUGACUGCUUGGUUUUGCUCGAUUGGAAUGACACUUUUAAUCCAAAGUUCCAAUCGAAACAUAUCGUCUCUUUAUUUUUGCAGUCACCUCAGUGUCUGGAGUCGUCGUUUUUUUCAAAAAUUAGGGACUGGUGAAAUAAAAACCUGGAUACGUUUAAGUAACGGAAAUUCCGCUCAAAGUGAUGACCUGUUCCACAUUUCCACUUCAGAAAUGAUCCCUAAUCCAGUUCUGUGCCACCCAUUUUUCAUCACAUUCGCAAAAAAAGGCUUAUUUUAAAAAAAAUCAGGAAAAUUCAUUGGCUUAUCAGAUUCUAAGGCUGAGCCUCGAAAAAUCGGGCUAAUUGUGGAAAAUUAGGCACAUUGGCAUCUCUGGUCGUCAUGCCAAUUACCCGAAUUUUUCAGAAUUUUUCCAGGUGUUGGCAUUCCCUCCUUAAUCAGGUUUUUGUUCGCUUGGCUUCUAGUUCGGUUUUUUUUCGAAGUUGCUUUAAAGAAAUCCAGUGAAAAAUUCAAACUCAAGUAAUUAAAAAAAACUUCAAUUGACUAACCGGCUUAUGUUUUUGAUAGUGAAACCAUUUGCCUUCCCCAUUCUCUUCGUUUAAUCUGUAAAGAAACUUCAACUUUAAAAGCAAAUUUAGAUUACUAUUAUCGGUUAAUAUUUGAUAUUUUACAACUGCUGGGGUAAACGUGUCUAAUCAAGUUGGUUUUCAUGACCUGCAUUACGCGGUUGUCGUUUACCACCGUCGAAUUUCUCAGUGACAACUGAAAAAAACAAAUCGCGAUUGCUUUGAUUGAUCCAGAUUAAAAGUCAGUCAGAAAUCGGUCUGAAGUUUGUCUCGUUCAUUCAGUGAAACCAGAUGACGAUUUUUGUGUCUGUCAUUUCAGCACUGUUUUUUAGCAGCGGGGAAUUGGUCCGGAAAAACGGACAAAAUCCAAACGGAAAUUCAAACGACAGUAAUUUGACAGUAAUCGGCCCGUUUGUGAGACUCGCUCCGAUACGGGAUUUAACUACUGAAUCUUUAUACACGCUUCUGAUUUCAACUUAUUUUUAUUCCAUUUUUUACACUAUUUAAAAAAUUAAAAGUAUUGAAAAAACAAUUUUCUUUUUUGGUGGUUCAAUGGUCAAUAAAGAAAUUCCCGUUGAGGAGAAAAAAAAGUUCUCAAUGAAUACAAAGUCCGUGAGGGUUAAAAACGAUUGUUUACAAAGUUUUCAUAAAUUUCUCCAUAAUAUCAGUUUUUAACUGAAAAUGAUUCAUUUGAUUUUUUUUUUCUAAACACUUAUUUAGUACAAAAGUUUUUCAACAAAUGAGCCACCUAAAAAGCAAGGAGGAAUAUCUAUAGCCACUAUAGGAGGAAUAUCUGAGCCACCUAAAAAGCAAGGAGGAAUAUCUAUAAGAAGUGGUCUUAUUCGAAAAGUUUCAUCCAAUCUUUAAUGGGUAAUUGCUACUAUUUGCAGACCAUUUUAUGACAUAUUCAUCUUGUAGGAUAAUACACCCUAGAAACAAGAAAAAAAUGCCAUCGAAUAGUGAAAAUUGAACACACAAAAACUCUACCCUUAAUCUUGUCAAUCCGGCGGCUUCACCAGUGUACUGCCUCAGCCAGUUAGUAAAAGAGAGUUAAUUAUCAAAGUCUUUCUGCCAUGCACAAUCUGAAAAAAAAAAACAAACGAACAGUGCUGGCGUCGGUAGUUCGAAACAAGGAAAUGUUUUUUUUUUUUUUGCAGUUUCCUAAUGCCGCUUUACAUACACAAGCACUGGCUGCCUGGCGUUUGUUUUCAUCCUCCUUUAUCUGGUGAUAAGAUAGAGAGGGACAUGAGAACGUUUUUAUUUUGUUUCCUUCAGUCAUGCGCAAUGCGGUUGCGCUGAGAAGCUAAUGUCGGUGGUCUCAAAUCGAAUUACCGCCGCUGGCGUGCCAAUUGAGUUGACACAUUGGGAACUCAUGAUUGGAGCAAAGGCUGAUUUGUGAGUGUAAUGAGAACAAUAUUAAACUUAACACGUUUCAAAGUAAGGGUUAUCAAUUUUCAAAAAUGAGGUAAAUUUACAUUGCCACCUUUUUACACUUUUUGGUACGGGAUUUUCAUCCUCUGGGAUUAUUCAUCUCUAAGGCUUUUUACACUUUGGGAUUUGAGGCGGUAUAAGUCAAAAAAAUAUUGUCUUUACUAUUAAAUGAUUGUAAAAUUGAUGUUUACCUAACUAAGAUAGCCACAGACUUUUAAUUCACACAGGAACAUAUUUUUAAGAACAUCUCUUAUGAAACAAAGAUUAAAAUAAAAUCCCAUUUUUUCAAAAGAUUCUACAGGAAACAUAUUUUUAUGAACACUUCGUAUGACAACUUUUUUAGAAAGCUUUCAUAUUAGUUGUUUGAAAAAAAAUCAAACCGAAUUUAUCUAUGGAAAAUUGGCCCCGCAUAUGCACAACCUUUUCCACUUUUAAGAUCUGGUUCUGGGUCCUUAAAAUUCAGUUAAAGGCUUUUCAGGGACCAUAAAGCUCCAAUUCCAGAGUUUCAGAGUUCAGAGAGCUGAGAAAAUCUUGAGUCUGUUUUGAUUAGGUCGUACGAACAACAUUGCGUGUUUCGAGAAAAUCGCUGUUGAAAUUUCAAAACACGUUUUUAAUUCUAGUAUUUCAAAUAACACCAAAAGUUGUCUGGAAAUUUGGGUUGCGAUGUGGAAAUCUAUGUAGAACAUGCUAGUGUAUUUGUUGUGAUCAAAAGUUUAGUUAUAUUCAGUGAAGAUGUUCUUACGACAUUUUGCUAGCUACGUAACACAUACGUCAUUAAGCAAAACAAAACUUUCAGUUCAUCUUAACGUAAGAUUUUCUCAAUCUCUGAUAUUUCCAUCGAAAUUUCUGGAAAACUUAAAUUUAACUUAACAGAAAGCAGAAAUGUACCUGGAAGUACAAAGAUGAUGACCGGAAUCGGUACCCAAGUGAUAAUCGGAAUCGGUGCGGCUAGAGACUGUCCAUCAAGAAUGUUUGAGUCGACUAAACAUUGCUGGCUGCUUGCUGAUGUAAUUCCGAUAAUCGUUCAAAUAGAUUUAUCCAAAUAGCCGCUAGUUAUUUUGACUGCCUCUAGAAAAAAUAUAAUAAGCUCAUAUUUUCCUCAGCAUAAAUCAACAUAUUGAAACCCAGUAUUGUGCCAAGAUAGCUGAAACAUUAUUUUUCACGAUCUACAACUGAAUUUUUAACUUUUGUAUUAUUUCCGAAGCACUUUCUGGAAAAAUGCAAAAGGUCGCUUAAACCACUAUGCCGAAUUGUUGUUUUGCGUCUUAUCGCUUGCACGGCCAUUUAGUGCAAUGCAAAUAGUCGUUAAAACCAAGGAGACUCGUUAUACGUCUUAAAUUCAAAUCAUGUUAUUAAAUUUAUUUAUCGAUCAAAUGAAACCAAAUUUUGACCUUGCGUAAAAUACAUGUUUAUCAAUCAUUUACAGUUAACAACUUAAAUUUUUAUGUUGGUUCCUACGACCUUAUCAAAACAAACUCUAGAAAUCAUCAGAUUGGGUAAUUUUUACCCAUGAAUGAGUAUCAACCAUAAAAGUUGUAGCUUUUAUAUUAUGGUUAUUUCUAUCUCAUCAAUUAUUAAAAUUCAUUUUAUCCUAUUUUUUGUUAAUCAUUCCCUUAUAUUCUAUCAAUUUAGCAUCAAUGAGAUCAAUACACGGAUUCCAACAAGAAUAAAAAGUAGGGUUGAAAGCAGGGGGGUGGUAAUCUGGUUUUUCUUGCAAACAAGAAUCUUUUUCUUUUUUUCUAUCCAUCGGGAGAAACGUUUAUGGUGUUUUCCUCUCAAAGCAGUACAGAUUUGAAAAAGUCAAAAUUUCAACCAAGGAGGAACCAGAAUAAUUGUUGAGUUAGUGUGCAAUCAUUCAUAAUUCUCUAGAAUUUGACGUCUAGUCCGGUUCCUUGACAGCAAAAUGUCAGGUUUGUUAUGGGCCCAAAAAAUCGUGGGCCCGUAAUUUUGAUGGUUGUCAAAAUCAAUGACAAUGGAUAGGGAUGUCACUCUCUUGGUUGAAAGUAAUACCAAUCAUCUCUCUGACGAUUUAUAUUUUGAAUUUUAAAUUGGCUAGAAUUGUUUUGGUUUUUUUUCGAACAAACAAUUUAAAGUAUUGACAAAAUUGUUGAAGAAACCAAAUUAUACUCCUUAAUGUAAGCAAGAAAAAAAAUCAACUCCAAAAUUUUCAAGCAUAGUGCGAUUCGCCAUUUGAUAAGAAAGUACGUUAUUCAAUUUAAAUGACCACACAAUUUUUCAUAAAAUUCAACGGUUAUGAAAAUUCCAAGAUUCAACUCAUUUUCGGAUGUUUGGGAAUAGACUAUAAGUAGAUCUUCAUUACCAAGAGACGGCCGUUAGUAAAUACGAUGCAAAACAGUUUUUUCCCCUCUGAAGAUGGCUGAAGUCCGGUAAGCCGAAACGUAAACUAUAGCAGUUUCGAAAAAAACAAUCAAAGUAGACCACAAGACAAAUUUAUCAAAAUAUAAAACAGUAGUCUACGGCUGCCAGAUUGCCCGGUUAAUCCGAGUUUGCCUGGAUAUUCAAAACAACAAAUUGUGUUGUAAAAAUUUUCAUUUAUUCGUCCAAAUAAAAAAAAAUUCGAACUGAUUUAAUAAAAGGAAUCAUGAAAGGUUUUUGAUAGCCUUAAAUACGAUUCAAAAUCAGCUGAUAAGUUGUGAUGAAAAAAAAACAUUUGUUUUCUUCAUUGAUGUUGAGUAAUUCCUAGGUGUAGACUGAAUUUGCCCAGGUAUUGCCUGGAUUUUUGGUCAAGAAUUUUGAAAUCAAAUGCCCGGAUUUUUUCGAUUUUUUUUUCUUGAUUUGUGUUAAGUAAUUCCUAGGUUUUGACCAAACUUCCCGAAUUUUUGGUUGAAAAUUUUGAAAUCAAAUGCCCGGAUUUUGCCAGUUUUUGAUAAAAUAGCCCGGAAAAUUUUGGCAACCUCAGUUGGCAAGUCUGUUGUCUCCUGAGCCGAUGUCCACGAGUUCGAGCCCAAGAGUAAACAUCGAACACAGUUGUACCGGAUAAGUUUUUCAAUAACGAUCCGCCAACUGCAACGUUGAUAAAGUCGCGAAUGCCAUAAAGAUGGUAAAACGACUAUAAUCGAAACAAAAAAAAAAUUUCGUAGAUAGAGAGCUGUAAAAUUCAUAAAAGGCCAUGAAAAGUUUCAAUUUGGUGGACCACCAACAUUUUCUAAGCUAUUUUCUCCAAAAUGAACCGUCUAGGAACUCAAAAUUUGUCUUUAUAAUUUGAUACGUUUUUUUGGUUCGAUUUGAAUCUUCAAAGCAGGAUCUAGUGUUAGUAAUGCUCUUUCGUUAGAUUCCCAAGGAAAAAUCUAACAAAAUUUUAAAUUUCAACUCAACCAGUGAAUGAUAAUCAGAUAGAAUUUAAGAAUUCAACAAUACUUAUGAUGGAUUUAACUAUGAUUAGUUUUAAACAUUCAACAAUAAAUAUAACUGAUUCAACUAUGAGAAGUGCGUCCAGCAAAGAGAUUUUAAAUUUCUAGUAGCAGAUUAGAUGCAAACUAAGGUUAAAAAAAUCCAAACAAAAAUGUCAUGUUGUACUUGAACUCACAUAACAAACAAACGAACACAAAGAAACUUCUAAACCAACAUCACCUAAACAAUUUCAUAUUUAAUUUUAAAGCAUCAGUUAUGGCCAACAACAGGUAUUUAGAAUACGCCACCAAAACUGUAGUCAACAAAAUGAACUGUUACUAUUUGUAGCUCACACGUAGAUUUGCGAGUUUUUCAUUCUAAGCAUCGUUUGAGAGAUUCUCUCUUUCAAGGAUUCAUCUUACUGUUAAAAUUUCGAGGGUUUUUCAUAUAAUCAUGCCUAGUAUGUGUUGAUAGAUUAUACUUUUUUUAGCUUUACAGAAUAUGUCCAGCCCGUAUCCAGACCGGGAAUUUCCACGUGAUUUUGUUUUAGAAAACAAGGGAUUUAAUUUCAAUUUUCAAUCCAAAAACUUUCAACUAUUCGGAAAAAUUUAAGCACCAUUGAGGUAUUUUUCGAACAAAAUUUAGAUAUAUUUGAAAGAAAAUUACUCAAAAAUUAAAUUUUUUGACAAAGCACUUCACAUGAAUUUGAAUAAAUAUUCAAAGUUGAUUUUGAUGAAAAUUCUUUUGACAAUUUUUUUUUUAAUCUUCAUUACUAUGACUCAAUUUGAGUUUUCUACUUAAUUUUCGCAAACACUGAAAUCAUUCAGUCGAAAGAGGACUCAUUAAAAAAAAGUCAAUUUCUUGUUUAACUCUCGUCUAUCGGUAAUUCAAAUAAAACUAUUCCUUAUCUAAAGAUUGGCAUCGAGAUUUUUUAUCUUGCAUCGAUUCCAAUUUCUAUGCCCAUCAGAAUUGGCUGUAAAUUGAUCUUUAAUUAUUUAUAGAAAAUAUGCACUAUUGGAGGACUUAAGGCUACAAUUAUUGAUGCGUUGCCGCUUGUGUCGAUUGCACUUUGCUAGAUGCUCUGCUGCGGAUAGUUUCCAAUCUUUAGAAAAAAACUUCAUAUAAAUUUGUGUUUAUUUGAGUAUGAUAUCAGAGUUAUUCAAAAGGUGGAUGGCGAAAGAUAACAAUUUUGUUGUUUUGAGUCUCUGGCUUUAUUUGACUCCAUUUUUUUAAAUAAAGUAGUUGUUUUCCACAAACCUCGUGUGAUAUAACUUAAUUAUUUAUUUCAAAGCAGUAAUGCUUCCUACAAUGGGAAAAAUUACUUUAAGCAGUAAAAACGCAAUGCUUUCAAAAUUCUGUAGAGCAAAUUAUUCUUUUUAAAAAUAGCAUGAGGAAUGCUCAUGGAGCAUCCUUCUUUUAAGUUACGUCCUUCUCAGAAAACAUUUGUAAGUCAAAGCUUGGCUUUGACUUCAUCUAUUGAUUUUUCCAAAAAUUGGCAACUCCAUUCCGACUGUAUACCGACCCCCGAAACAGAUCAAAACAAUCAAUCAAACAAAGGUUAAACAGCAAAGAAACAAACGAUCGCAAAUCGUUGUGAACAAAUUUUGUUUUUAAGUAACGUAGCAUAAGGACGGUGUCAAGGCACGCUAGUUUUUCAACUUUUAAUUUUACUUUCUUUCAACAACUUCCAAACAAAUGCUUCAACAACAGCCUAAUGAACCAACUAAUGUUACACCCGGUAUCUGAUGGAUAAUUUUAAGUUGUGAAUUUAAUUCAAUUAGGAAGAUUGCAGAUAUGGAGGCAAAAAAACAUUAAAAAAAAAGGUGAUAAAUAGGUAAUCAGGAUUGGUGCGCACCUUUUGAUGGGCCUGUUAAAUUGUUAUCUGUCAUCUUUGAGUGUGUUGAUUGACUUUUGUUUCCGUUGCGGAUAACGAAAAGUUCCUCACCUCAAAGGUAGACUCGUUGUUUAGAAAGUCAGAUAGUCAGAUGAGAGAGAGAGAGAGAGAGUGGAGAAAAACUCAGAGUGAAAGAGUAGACAGACGUGGACGAAAAGAGCGUGAGAACAAGUUAACUGAGAGAGAGAAAAAAUGGUAGAAUGCACACAGGGAACAGCUGUGAAGGUUAUUGUUGAGAUGGUUCCUGAAAGGACGCAUGCCUAAGGUUAUUUAUUUAAGAUUGUUUUAUUUUGAUGUUUCCUGACAGGGGAAAGUUAAUGUUCGAAAACAAAUAAAAAACAAGAUGGUCAAAAGAAAAUCACACUCAUGAAAAAAAGUAAUUCAACACACACACAAAAAAAAACAACUGCAUCAAAGCAAAAUGUUAACAAUCAACUGUAAAAAGAACUUUUAAGAUCAAAAUUGGUUGUGGAUAAAUUUUCUUCUUCAAACAAAGUUAUUGAAACCGUAUCGCACUCACACAUACGCAGCAGCAGCAUAAAAUGAAAGAUUUAACCAGCAGAUGCAUGACUAAGGAAAAACAAAAAUUUACGAAGUAAAAAAACAAGUAAAAACACUCACCACAACACAGAAUGGAUGUCUAUUUGCACAAUUAAUAAUCUUCACUGAGCGAAAGCAAACCAAACAAACAUAAGAAAGAGAAAAAAAAUAAUCAACAACCGGAGGAAAAACGUAUUUACGAGUAAUGUUAUUCAACGGUAAAAGACGAACAAACCAAUAACCGAAACAAAACUGUCGCACCUCAAGUAAACAAUCUACGCAUCAAACAAGUAAUAUUGAAAAUAAACCGAAACAAAAACAAAACAACAAACAACCCAAGAUUUAAUGGGAAGAGCAUUUACCAAAGAAAAAAGCACCCAAACGAGGUCUAAGGUAUUUCAAUUGCUUGUUAUUAGCAGCAGAAUCGUUCUUUAGUUUGAGUUAAUUCAGUCAAAAUAGAAACCUGAAGCCCCAGCUUUAUUUAGUUAAGACUCUAAAACGAAACCAGAAAUGGAAACAAACUUAAUCCCAAACAUAGACAAAAAGAAGAAAAAAAAGCUAGCAUCAAAGCUUGCUUGAUUUUUCGUUUUUCAAAAAUACCCACCUCUAGGUUAAUUUUUAUCCUUCUUUUACAAGUUAACAAUGUCGAUACAGCAAAAGAACGAGAGAGUGAUAAAAAAUCUAUGUCGAAUAUUGGUAACGGCAGAGAAAAAAAUAACGAACAAAAAAAAACAAAAGGUGACAACAUCAGAGCCAAUAGCAGCAAAAAUAUUCAAAGCAGAAAUUAAAAGUGCAAUUUAAAGAAGUGAAAUCGAAAAAAAAACAGCAACAAAAAAGCAGAACAAAGGAGAGUGACAGAAAAUUACAACCACUAAUGAGAAGUGGGAAUAUUUUUAAACUGGAAGAAGUCUUAAAUUUAUUUUCUGUUAAUUUUUUUCGUAAUUCGAUGUUCUGUAUUCGAUAUUCGAUACUCGAUAUUCGAUAUUCCUUAAGAGUUU